AUGGAUAACUCCGACGAUCUACCGCCAAUCGACAUCGUUACAUAUAUAACAGAUGAGUUACAGCAAACAUACCGCAACACCAAUGGAGAGAAAGAAAAAGUGAAAGUACUUAUUGACUAUCUUGAGCGAUGGGACGACGACAACUCCAUUGCUAAGCUAAAGUCUACAAACAUUGAAUUUGAAUCAGAUUUGGAUUGGUUUAACGUCAGUCAACCUUUAUCUCUAGAAGGUCUGCGCGGAAAAGUUGUCGUUCUAGACUUCUUUACCUAUUGUUGCAUAAACUGCAUGCACGUAUUACCAGAGCUGCAUAGUCUAGAAGAGCGAUUUCCCAUUGAAAGCGGACUUGUAGUUAUCGGUGUACACAGUCCGAAAUUUGAGAACGAGCGCACUACUGCAAACAUACUGUCUGCUGUAGAUCGAUAUGGAAUCACGCAUCCCAUUGUAAACGAUUCCCGUUCCGCUUUGUGGCGUGCUCUUGGUGUACGCUGCUGGCCAUCAAUAAUGGUGUUGAGUCCGACUGGUUUGCCCAUGUUGUUACUUAUGGGUGAAGGACAUGGGAUAUUCAUGCAGGAGUUUAUUGGUGCCGCGUUAUCUUUCUUUAGCCGACAGGAAAAAAUAAACUUAGGCAGUCUACCUAUGAAGCUAUCAAGUCAUUUGCAUCCGACGUCUAGUUUGCGUUUUCCCGCUAAAAUUGCUCGAAGUUCGUUAGGUCGCUACGCAAUAGCUGACGCUGGUAACAAUCGGGUACUUGUGGUGUCUGCUGAUGGUGUCGUAGAACAUAAGAUCGGAGGUCUUCAGGCUGGCUUCGUUGAUGGUAAAUUGGCUCUAUCACGUUUUAAUAGUCCUCAGGGCGUGGCAUUUCUUAAUGAGAGCACGCUAAUUGUUGCCGAUACCGAAAAUCACGCACUCCGAAAAAUAUCGCUAGAAAAUGAAUUAGUAGAAACCCUUGCUGGUACAGGACAUCAAGGAAACGAACGGAUUGGUGGUCGUGUAGGGCCGUUGCAGGCUUUAUCUUCGCCUUGGGAUUUGGCUGUAUUUCGCACACGUGAUAUGGAUAUGUCUUUUCAUCUUGACGAGCGUAAUGUGCCUGAAAAAACUAUUAUACUUAUCUCAAUGGCCGGAACCCACCAGAUUUGGGGAUACUUUCCAGAAGGUAUUAUAUGGUGGAAAUUUCGCAAGUUCGAACCACUUUGCUGUGUGUCGUUAAUCGGCAACGGUCUGGAGGAAAAUCGUAACAACUCAUAUCCACAGAACGCUGCAUUUGCGCAGCCCUCUGGCCUGGCCAUGUCAAAGGAUUUUCUCUUUAUAGCUGACAGCGAAAGCUCUAGCAUACGAAAGGCAUCCAUGAUUGAUGGAAAAGUGAUGCCAGUAGUUGGAGGGGAUCGCAACCCCCUGAACCUUUUUGCGUUCGGCGAUGUCGAUGGCAAGCUUUUUAAUGCAAAACUUCAACAUCCGCUUGGAGUUACACAUAGUGAUGCGGACAACAAGGUGUAUGUGGCUGACACAUAUAAUCAUAAAAUUAAAGUUAUUGACACGGAGACGAACUGUGUUUCGACGUUGGCUAUAAAGAGUCAAGGAGGCACGCCUUUGAUUUUCAACGAGCCAGCUGGACUAUGCUUGGACGCAGAAGGGAGGAAUUUGUUGGUUUCAGAUACUAAUAAUCACGCCAUACAAAUAAUUGAUUUGUUAACUUUAAAAGCCCGACCAUUUUUACUAGAUUUUAACAAAGUUGAUUGUGCUAGUGAAACAGAUGCUCCGCAACUUCUGCCAAAGAAUGGCGAACCACAUAUGCUUAGUGCGUUGCCUUUGCAUUGUAGUAGAAAGAGCACGAUUAACUUUAACAUUCGACUUUCACCACAGCUUAAGUUUACAGAAGAAGCUCCACAAAAAUGGACGAUAAGAACGUUGAAUAGUGCACUGGAGGUAAAUCAAAAAUCUGGAUGCCUGAAAAAUGGAAUGUGUAACUUGCAGGCACAAGUUUUGAAAAAUGAUUUUAGCAGCGAAAACAACCCUAUAUUUACUAUUGAAUUUGCAUUGAAUCUGUGCGACACAAAGUGCUGCCUUAUGAAAAGGUUCUUAAUUGCUGUAAAUUGCGAGCCCAAUGUGGAAGAGUACAUAGCAAGCCAUGAUGUAAAUAUUCAAGUCGAUCAUUCAAUUAUAAGCACAUGACAAAACUAAAGGAGCUUUAAUCACAUAUAUAUAUAUUUUUAUAUGUACAAUUAUUUUUAUUGAAAUUGUGUAUUUACAUAUUUUUAUGUUUUGUUAGAAUUAAAAGUUGGUUAAAAUGAUAA